CGACCGCGGGAAGGCGGCUUGCCUGCUCCGGGCAGGAAGACCCCCGCCGGGACCUCUGGCUGCUGGCGUGAAAGGGGGGAAAAGUUCGAGCCGUGGCCGGUCUUCCUUGCAGGGACCAGCCCAGGCCCGCGCGCAGACCGCUGGAAACAUGGGAGUCACUUGUGUUUCUCAGAUGCCAAUAGCAGAAGGGAAGAGUGUCCAGCAAACUGUUGAAAUCUUAACAAGAAAACUGGAACUACUUGGAGCAGAGAAACAAGGCACUUUUUGUGUAGACUGUGAAACCUACCACACUGCAGCCUCCACAAUGGGCAAUCAAGGGCAGGCUGCCAAGCUGAUGUACGUGAUGCACAAUUCCGAAUAUCCCCUCAGCUGCUUUGCACUCUUUGAAAAUGGCCCCUGCCUCAUAGCAGAUGCCAACUUCGACGUCCUUAUGGUGAAACUGAAAGGCUUCUUUCAAAAUGCCAAAGGGAACAAGAUAGAGAGCCGGGGAACCCGGUAUCAGUACUGCGACUUUUUAGUGAAGGUUGGCACGGUUACCAUGGGGCCCAGCGCUCGUGGAAUAUCUGUGGAGGUGGAAUACUGCCCAUGUGUGGUAGCCAAUGACUGCUGGAACCUGUUACUAGAAUUCAUGCAAAGCUUCAUGGGAAAUCAAGCUCCUGCAGUCCCUUCUGGGUUUGGCAAUAAGCAUGACAGCAUCUACAGCCCAGGUGACACAAUGAUUCAGUACAUGGAACUCUUUAAUAAGAUUCGAAAACAGCAGCAGGUGCCCGUUGCAGGAAUCAGAUGAAGAAGCUUUUGUAAGAUCUUUUUCCAAGUGAGCAACUGUUUUGCCAAAUAAUCUGUCCAAGUAGCAGCUCCAUCCCAGUAUUCCAAAUUGCAGAUGUUUUGCAUUAAAGCAACAAUCUCUCUCUCUCUUUGGAACAGAAUUAAUUUUGUCUCAUUUCAGACCUUUAGGGGAGUAUGUCUCAAUAAAAAUGGCAUGCUUUUCCUUGACCUACUAUCUCAGUGAUCUGACUUAAAUUCUUCAAGCAAGAGUCCUGCAACUGAGUGGAAAUGAAAGAAAAAUUAAUGUCUCACAGAAAUGUAUAGGUUCAAAUUGUGCAAAUGGGAAGAUAACCUUUGGAUCUGAUUAAUUUCCUUGGUUAACUCUAAGUUAAUGUGGGGUUUCCAUCUAAUAGUAUGACUUUUAUGAAGAGAGCUUUAUUAUCAUAUGUUAACUAAUACUGGGAUUUGCCCUCAAAUUUGUGAAAGUUUUACAUUUUGGGUUGAAAUUAAUAUAUCUUGGUGAAACAAACUCAAGAAAAUUCUAUGUUGCCCUAUUAUUGUUAAGUUCUUGGCCUCCCACCAUCUUCAUAAAGCUGUUGAGGGGAUUAGCAUGUAUGAGCUUCAGGAUGAUAUUCUUGGAGUCUAGAGACUUAAUUCCUGUAUCUUCUAAUGUUGCAAAUGUAUGUGGUAGAAUAGAGACCUUGUACAGCUGUAAGACUUCAGUCAAAUUGCUACAAUAUCAACAUUUUUCUAAGAUGAUGCCUAAAGGUACAUAAAAUAUAACCUUGCCAGUUCUCAAAAAUAUUUUUAAAAAUAUUGACUGAAUAAUCUUACUCUCCUUAUUGUGUUUUCCUGUGCUGCAUGAUGUCUUUGUUGUACACUGUUUCUUUUAGUUUUGCAGCUGCAAACCCAUUGUGUUAAUUCCCAUAUGAAUAUCCUCACUUAAAAGCUUUUCACAUUAAAGGGCUGCUAAGCUAAGGCCUUCUCUGCUUAAUUUUAGAAACCAAAUCUGUAUAAAGAUUUUGUUCUUAGGCUGGCCAUUUAACCUUUCUUAGCGGAAACUUCUCCUAUUUGAUUUUGUGUUGUUCUGCACAGUGGCAAGAGACUGAUUCAGUCUCUGAUUCAUAAUAAUUAUCCUUUCCCUGCCUUCUGGCCCUGGGAAUUCUACUGUGCAUUCACCACACGCACAUCUUAGGUUAGCAAUUGAUGCUUUUGUAUUGGUCCGAGUGCAAAUCACUGCACAAUACAGGAACAUGAUGUAGGGAGCUUUGAGCAGGUGGUGAGAGAUAGUAGUAAUGCUGCAUAACUAGGAUCAGGAGGGCAUCUCUCUCCCUUAACACUGACAUGCACGUAGUAAGGAAAGUAAGAGGUUUUUUUUUUUGGGAGAAACAUUUUGUUUUAGUGUUUCAGGGUCCUGGAUAUAACCAGGUGCCUUAGUUUCCUAUAGAGUUCCUAGUGCACUGUUGAUUCAAAAGUGUUGCAGUGGAAAGGAGUGAACCUGUGUGAUUCCAGUUGGAGAAGAGACUAUAUUGAAGGGCAAAGAGAAGUAGAGCUUCAGAAUAUACUCUGCCAAGGAUCCUAUGGCCUAUAAUCCAGAAGUUGUAAUAACAAUUUUUUUCUGCAGCCCCAACCACUUAACCAAAAGAACAAUGCAUGGUAGGAACUGCUUCUCAUUCCUCACCGUAUAUGGUUUCUGAUGUAAAUUUAAAAUGUAAACUGAAAAUUCAGUAAUUGUGCUGCCCAUAUACUGAAAGCUGUUUAAUUUACAAGUUGGGACAUUUUUGGGAUAGACAGAAGGAAACAUGCUGUCUUCCCACUUUGAACAAGUUACAACAAAUAAACUGUUUCUUUUUGCA